UGCGCGCGCCCGGGAGUUUCAAUUUCCUCGGGUUUGCGGCAAUUUCGCAGAGGAAGCGGGUGGUGGGGUCGCCGCCCGCCGCAACUGGAGGACCUAGCAAGCGGAUAGCUGAGAGGCGUAGCGAAACUGCGAGGAUGGCCGGCAGAGGGAAAGUGUUGGUUUCUGGGCGGCGCCAAGUCUGUGAGGGGGCGCGGUCACGGGCGAGGCUGCCCUAGGACGCCAGGGCGGCCACGUCCCGCUCCCCCCGGGUGAGGAAGCCGCCGCGGGUGUGUAGUCCUAAGGGUCUCUAGACAUGUCCGAGGUGAAGAGCCGGAAGAAGUCGGGGCCCAGGGGAGCCCCAGCGGAGCCUGAGAAGCGGAGCGAGGGCGGAAAGAGCCCCGAGGUCCGGAGCGGCGGAGGCGGGGGCUGGGCGGACCCCCGGACGGGCCUGAGCCUCCUGUCGCUGGGGACGUGCCUGGGCUUGGCCUGGUUUGUAUUUCAGCAGUCAGAAAAGUUUGCAAAGGUGGAAAACCAAUACCAGUUACUGAAAGUAAAAACCAGUGAGUUCCAAGGACUUCAAAGUAAAAUCACUUUAAUUUCAGAAAAGUGUCAGAAAUCUGAAGCUGUCAUGGAACAAUUGAAGUCUUUUCAAAUAAUUGCUCAUCUAAAGCAUCUACAGGAAGAAAUUUAUGAGGUAAAAACUUGGUCCAACAGGAUAACUGAAAAACAGGAUAUAUUGAACAACAAUUUGACAACUCUUUCUCAAGACAUUAUAAAAGUAGACCAAAGUACAACUUCCUUGGCAAAAGAUGUUGGUCUCAAGAUUAUAACUAUAAAAACAGAUAUACGACGUAUUUCAGGUUUAGUAACUGAUGUAACAUCAUUGACAGAAUCUGUACAAGAACUAGAAAAUAAAAUAGAAAAAGUAGAAAAAAAUACAGUAAAAAACAUAGGUGAUCUUCUUUCAAGCAGCAUUGACCGAACAGCAACGCUCCGAAAAACAGCAUCUGAAAAUUCACAAAGAAUUAACUCUGUUAAGAAGACACUAACUGAGCUCAAGAGUGAUUUUGACAAGCACACAGAUAGAUUUUUAAGCUUAGAAGGUGACAGAGCAAAAGUUCUGAAGACAGUGGCUUUUGCAAAUGAUCUAAAACCAAAGGUGUAUAACCUGAAGAAGGACUUUUCCCGUUUAGAACCAUUGGUAAAUGACUUAACACUACGCAUUGGGAGAUUGGUUACCGAUUUACUACAAAGAGAGAAAGAAAUUACUUUCCUAAAUGAGAAAAUAUCUAAUUUAACAAUAGUCCAAGCUGAGAUUAAUGAUAUUAAAGAUGAAAUAACACAUAUUUCAGAUAUGGAUUAGUUUGAUAUUGUUUAGACUGGGGUAACUUUUUUUUUUAAAUGGGACCACUUAUAAAAAGACUGGUAAAUUAGAAAUAAUGACAUUUUGGGGCAAAUACCAUUUAGUAUUUGAUUCUAUUUUGUACAGUAAAAAU